UUACAGCCUAUAUGUUCAAUUGUGAUACUAUAAUAACAAGAGGUUGUUGAUAUAAAGUUAUGUUAUUAUUACAGCCUGCAACAGUGAUUGAGAAGUGAAGAGUUUGAAGUGUUUAAUAGCAGAACAUUAAUCUAGGAAGGAAGAUGUUAUGGAUGUUGAGUAUUGAGCAUCUAGAGACACCCAGUGUCAUUGUCAUGUUAUGCUGAAGCCCAAUGCUGUGCGCGGCGGUUGACUUAUUCAUUCAAUAAAAGCAGGAACCAAAACAAUCGGUGCAAAGGCGGGACUUGAAGGCGCUUCAAUUUGCGAGAACAGCAACAGGCAAGUACAAAAAACAUUGAUCGAACAGAUAAUAAACGGAAGAGGGUCUGGAGAAAGGAGAGUUUGGCGUAUGAGGAAACGCUCACGGGAGUCGGAGAAAGGUGCUUUGAACACUCCACCAGUCCGUGGACCCUUCAAAUCCAGUCCUCAGCCCCUGCUACAGAGGCUCUUCUGGGUGUCACAUGGCCGUCCUCCUUCUCCUGUUGAUGUUACCCACUCUACUCAAUGGUCAACUUCCCACUAUGACGGCACUGGUCGGGGAGGACGUCUCUCUGUCGUACGACCCAAAGCUCUCCAAAGACCUGACUGAGACGCCAGUGAAAUGCUACACGGACAAAAUGAUCAGAACAAAUGACUUUGUCUUUAAGAAGGACAAACCUCCCAAGGACAAUUCUAAACUACUGAGUCCCGCGUACAGAGGGAGAACGAGGCUGUCAGACGAAGACCUUAAGAAAGGAAUCGUCUCCCUCAGACUGUACAACGUCACACGGGCCGAUGAAGACAACUACUACUUUGUGUUGCCCUCCGGGAAAUACAAGAUCCAGCUUCUCAUAGGUGCCAUGUCCUCCGCUGCCAUCACCCUGGAGGAGCGCCCCGACUGCAGCGGUCUGGUGCUGAGGUGUGAGUCCGUGGGCUGGUACCCCCCCCCAGAGCUCUCCUGGUGGACCGAUGGAGGCCUCCCCCUGCCUGCUGUCACCAUGAACACCACCUGGGACCCCACCGGCCUCUACACCAUCAGCAGCACCGUGGUGGUGGAGAGCAGCCAGGGAGCCAGGAACUACAGCUGUAGAGUUCACCAGGAACGGUUCAACCAGACCAGGGAGGCGGAGAUAGCCCUUCAUGAGGACCAGUUCCCGUCCUGUCCUCGUCACCGCUGGGGGUUGGUCGCUGUCCUGGCGAUCCCUAUGGGUGCCCUUAUCUUGGUGGUGAUCGCCCGCAGAAAAGAAAACUCCAAAUCCUCGGACAGAAAUGAAGAACCGGCCGUGAACUCCAAACACCUCAGGCCUGUUGAAGACGCUAUCACACGCUUGUAGCUUGAGGGUGGAUUUCUGUCAUAUGCUGGAUUUCAUGGAGUUUAAUUUAACUCUUAGAAUCAUGAAUUACCGAGGGGCGUUUGUGUAGCGUACCCUUAUAGGAAGUGCCUUAUUGGCUGCUCUUAACACGAGUGCCCUCUAGAGUGGUGAAAACCAGCGGAAGUGCCUUAUUGGCUGCUCUUAACUAGGGUUGGGCAUCGUUUGGGUUUUUCCUAUACCAGUGCCCUCUCUGUACUUUUUAAACGGUUCCGGUGCUAAAACGGUUCUCGAACCGGUACUUUAAAAAAACGAAACCGCACACGCUUGCAAUACAUGCACGACUUGCUAUGACUUUCACAUUAAGCAGAAAGUCAGUGGACAAUGAGUUGAAGUUUAGGAUAUAGCACACGUUGUCACACACGCUGUUGAAUGGCAACAGCGUGUGUGCGUGUGUGCAAGAUUUACUGUUGGCAUUCAAUUCCUCAACUUGCACAAAGAGGAAAGGCUGCUGUGAGUGCUGUGACUGAUGAACAUUAAGAAAAUGUUUAUCAGUGCAUGGUGCAACAUUACUGCCAGUCAUAUUAGGUAGUAUGACACAGGUGCUCAAGGCAGCCACAGGAGACGCCAACAUUGUUUUCAACCGCUCGGUACCACGCCGUAUUAUUUCAUAAGUUUUGAAAAGAAAAAGUAUUAGAAGCGAAUAAGCUACUGUGUUUUUGAUUUGUUUAUUUGUUUUUCCUGAUGUGAUGUUGAAGUAGGAUGUGAUGUUAAUACUGAUGUUCCAUUGGAUCCGUGCGCUCCGUCAAAAAGUUGAAUAAUGUUCAACUUUUCGGCAGAGACGGAUCCGUCAUCCAAUCAGAUGGCAUAUGCAAAUUUAAGCACUGUGACACUACUUGGGCUCUGACGACCUUGGAAAGCUCCCCAAUCCGUCAGCCCCGCCUUCCGACUUCCGUUGACGGACGGGGCAGUGGGCACGAGGCGACGCAAGAUGACGCCGUAACACCAUGGGGGCGGGGCAGGGGGCGUUAAAAAAAAGUCGGGCCCCGUUAUGAGGGACCGAAAUGUGCGUUCUUAUUCGAUCUAGGUACUAGACCGAGAUCUAGCCACGAGUACCCUUUAUAGGGUGGUGAAAACGAGAGGAAGUAGGCCUACCUUAUUGGCUUCUCUUUACACAUGGAAAAAAUAUUGAGUGGCCUCUUCAUACAAUAAAUUAUGACGAUGUGCCCUCUAGAAGAAAACGUGUGUGGUUAGCUAAUGAGGUGCAGACGUUCCUCUCUUUGGUUUUUGAUUCAUUCAUCGUUUUUGAAACCCGGUUUUAUUUGAUUCUAUGACAUGUUUACGUGUGAAGCACAUGUGUAUGAAAUGAUACUUGAAGGCCGGACUGGUCAUAACUGCACCAUCAUUAAGCAUCACAAAUCACCGUCAGCAUGUCAAAAAUCACUUCUCCCCACUGGUUUGUAUGGAAGAACUACAAGUUUUGAGUUUAGGUUAUAAGUUUGAGCUGCUGGCUGAGGUUACAAACAUAGGAGACAAACGGAGCUUGCUUUCAAUGUUCAAAACGUUGAUUUAAUAAAACUGUGACUGCAA